AUGUCCGAGUAUCUUGGGUGGACGGAGAGGCGACCGCCGUUUGGGGCGCAGAAGCCUUCUAAGGAGGAUAUGUUACCUGGAGGCCCUGUUACGCAAAGCUUUGAGAACUACGUCAAAAACGUUUUCCAUCCAAUGAAUCGAACAAAGCAGGACAGCUCCCAGAUGGCUACCGAUCAUGGAUUGUCGGCUUCCAGAAUGUUAAAAAUGGAACGGACAUUAGGAAAGUAUGCUCUUGAUGAUUCCAUGGAUUCCUACGACGACAGCGGGUUGUUUUUGAAAACUCCGCUAGAAAGCCUCUAUUCUGAGCUCGGAUUGAACAAAUCGGAGGCCCCCGUUUAUUCAUCGUAUCGCGAGAAGGGAGAUGAGGAAUAUGCAAAGAACAAUCGCAAGACUCUGAUUGACUAUAAGGAUUUCGACCGGUAAGC